AUGGGGUCGUCGCCGCCCGACUCUCCGAUCCGCGUCGGCGUCCUGUUGUUCCCAGGCCACGAGCCCCUUGACUGGGUCGCCCCUGUCAACAUCUGGGGUGCCGUCAAGGAUGCAGAUGGCCGGCCCCGUAUCGAGAUGCUGUACAUUGCAGAAAACGCGGGCCCCGUCACGAGCGUGACAGGCACAGUAUCAGUCAUCGCCAGCUAUUCCUUCGCCGACCUCCCUCCCCCGGCCGCCAGCCCGCAGCAUUCCCCCAGCGCCAACGGCCGCCCCGCGACGCCCCCGUCCCCGCCGUCCCACCAGCAGCUGCACUGGCUGCUGGUGCCGGGCGGCAUCGGCACGCGCCGCGAGGCCGCCAACCCGGCUCUGCUCGAGUACAUCCGCGCUUGGGCCGCGCCCAGCAGCGGCCUGCAGCUGUGCAUGUCGGUCUGCACGGGCGCUGCGCUGCUGGCCGCCGCGGGCGCGCUGGACGGCCGCAGGGCGACGAGCAACAAGAGGGCGUUCGACUGGGUCAAAUCGGUCAACCCGAGGGUCGACUGGGUGCGCUCCGCGCGGUGGGUGCGGGACGGCAACUUUGUGACAUCAUCAGGCGUCAGCGCGGGGGCGGACAUGGCGGUACAUGUUCUUAAGGAGGUCCUCGGCGCUGAGGUGGCGGCCAAGGCGGCCCAGUACGCGGAAUAUAUCCCUGCAACCGACGCUGACAAGGACCCGUUUGCUGACGAGGCGUUCCUGCCCGCCGUUUGA